AUGUCUCCUGAUCUGAGUCGUGCUCAUUAUUUCAUUCCACAUCAUUACGUGUUGAAACCAACUAGUGAGACCACGAAAUUGAGAGUAGUAUUUGACGCGUCAUGUCGCUCAGCAUCACAAGUAUUACUAAAUGACUUACUGAUGUAUGGGUUAAUGGCAGACAUAAAUAAAAUAUACCGUCAAGUGGUGCUUCAUCCAGAUGAUAGGCGGUUCCAACUAAUACUAUGGCGAGAAAAUGAACACAAACCAAUCUCAACGUAUAUGCUUAACACCGUCACAUACGGUACAUCAGCGGCUCCACACCUUGCAAUACGAAGUCUCCAGUAUGCUGCUGAAAAUUAUCAUCAGGCGCAUGAACUAGGAAAGGCCGUUAUUCUAAACGACUUUUACGUCGACGAUAUGGUCACCGGAAAGGACGAUUUGGCAACAUUGGUGCAAAUAAAAAAAGAAGUUUCUGAAAUAUUAAGUCACUUUGGGAUGGAAUUGUGUAAGUGGCAUUGUAGUCAUUGUAACUUAAAUGCAACUUUGGAACGCGACCUUCAGCUGAAUGAAGACACAACCAGUGCUCUCGGAGUAAAAUGGAGACCAGAUACAGAUGUAUUUAUGUUCUCGUUUAAACCUAAAAAAUUGGUAAGCGUUACUACUAAAAGAUCGAUUCUAUCAUUUACAGCGUCAUUUUUCGAUCCGUUGGGCCUAAUCAAUCCAAUCAUUGUAGUACCAAGAAUCAUAUUACAACAGCUGUGGGUACAAAAUAUUUCUUGGGAUGAAGGCAUUCCAGAGAUUUUAGCAAGUAAAUUUAAGGAUUUCAUUGAUGAUUUGCAACAUUUACCACUGCUACAUAUUCCUCGUUUUGUACGAAUGUCUAACACAAUUGAAGUACAAGUUCACGGCUUCUGUGAUGCAUCUAUUGGCUCCUACGAAAACAUGUUCGUUGCCACGACAGAACUCUGUUCAGCUCAAUUAUUAACGAAAUUAUGGGCAAAGGUACAACCGCAUUUAUCGUUUGAAAUAUCAGAAGUCUAUUUCUGGUCCGAUUCACAAAUCACACUUCAUUGGAUUCGCUCUGAAUCAUCAACACUAUCCGUUUUUGUUGGCAAUCGAGUUGCCGACAUUCAAAAUUUGUCAACAAAUACUACAUGGCAUCAUGUUGAUUCAGCAAAUAAUCCGGCAGAUGUCAUUUCGCGUGGGUGUUCGGUGCACACAUUGCAGUCAUCCAUAUGGUUUCACGGGCCAACAUUUCUCCAAAACGACAUUAAGGAAUGGCCUCUGCACUCAUCAGUGGAAUUACAGACCACACAUCUUAAUCUGGAACGCAAGAAAACGUGUCUGAUUAUUAAACAAAGGAAACCAUCAUAUAUUAUCGAACAAAUUUAUUAUUAUGGUAAUUAUCUUAAAUGUGUGCGUACAUUUGCCUACGUGUUACGUGUCAUUCAACCACGAUCAAGAAAUACUGAUGUACUCAAGGCUAGCGAAUUAAAAAAUGCUCUAUAUCAUAUUGUUUGGGCUAUUCAACAGCACCAUUUUGCUAGAGAAAUUACAUUGCUGAAAACAAAAAGGCCAAUUAAGGGUCAACUAGCAAACUUAUGUCCGUUUCUCGAACAGUUUGGGAACUUGUUGUUAUUGCGCGUUGGCGGCCGUCUGAUGAAUGCAGAUGUAUCUUUUGAAGUGAAGCAUCCUCUAUUAUUGCCAAAGGCGGACACAGUCGUAGUCUCAUUAGCGACACACAUACAUCGCUCGAAUUUUCAUGCCGGACCGCGAGCCUUAACAACACUCAUUCAACAAGAAUUUUGGAUCAUAAAUUGCAAGUCUUUAGCAACUCAGGUAGUUCGUAACUGUAUUCACUGCAUCAAAUAUAAACUGAAAUUGUUAGAGCAAGUAAUGGGUAAUCUUCCUAAAGAACGAGUCACAGAAUGCUUGCCGUUUCAUGUUACUGGAGUCGAUUUUGCCGGACCAAUACCCACAUAUUUAAAGAUAAGAGGCAAGCGACCAUAUAAAUCUUAUAUUGCUGUGUUUGUAUGCUUUGCAAGUAAAGCGGUGCAUUUGGAGGCUGUAACAGAAUUAUCUGCAGACGCAUUCAUAUCAGCGUUAAAACGAUUCGUUGGUCGUCGAGGUGUGCCUAUGAAGAUAUUUUGCGACAACGCAACAAAUUUCGUUGGUGCAGACAACAAGCUCAGAGAGUUCCGCAAUUUCUUUAAUAAACAAUGUACAAUUAAUACCAUCACGUCACAUUGCGCAAAUUUACGUAUUGACUUUUCCUUUAUACCGCCAAGGGCACCUCACUUCGGAGGACUCUGCGAACUGACUACGGCUCUCGUCGAGAUCGAAGCUGUGAUGAAUUCCCGUCCACUUACAAGUAUAUCCACAGAUCCUAAUGACUUGUCAGUAUUAACACCAGGCGAAUUGCUAAUCGGCAAAAAACUAAAGCACAUACCGGAACCAGUGAUUACGUCACAGGAAAUUUCGUUGCCUGCUCGAUGGAAACGAAUUACUGCAGUAAAAUCUCAAUUUUGGCGUCGCUGGCAACAUGAAUAUUUAUGCACGUUACAAUCACGAAAUCGUUGGCAACAUUCAACUCGCAAUUUAAGGGUCGGUGACUUAGUAAUUAUUCAUGACGAUAACCUGCCACCUAUGAAAUGGCUUCUUGCUCGCAUCAUUCGCACGGUAACAGGAGCAGAUGGCAAGGUCAGAGUAGCAGAAGUUAAGACGCCUGAAACCACACUCACUCGACCCAUUGCGAAGCUGGCGUUAUUACCAAUAUUGAAUUCAGAUGAUUCAAUGGGGCCGGGAUGUUAA